AUGGUCAGCACAGGAAGACUCAAACUCCUAGAUAGUUUGAACAGGAGAUACAUAUAUGGCUAUGUUCCGCUCCUGCAUGCGUUGUUAUUUGUACUGGAAAUGGUAAUCACAAUGCGGCUAGCUGCAAAAUUCAACUCAUACUAUGCUGAGAGACCGGUCCUGACAACCAUGGUGACCAAUGCUGUUCUUGGUGGAAUCGCGGAUACAGUUGCCCAGUCUAUUACAGCAAUUCGUUCGCGAGCCAAGUUGAAUCAUGACACAAGGAGCUCCGAAAAUGAUUUCAUGUCGAUCGAGAUAGCCGAAUUUCACAAGGCAAAGCGCCCAAGAGCAGCUGGAUCUGGGCUGUCCAAGAGAGGACCUACUCCCUUCGAUUUCGAACGGCUGACACGAUUUAUGGCAUAUGGUUUUUUUAUGGCUCCCAUCCAAUUCCAAUGGUUUGGCUUUCUCUCGCGAGCUUUCCCAAUUACCAAGAGGCAUGCAACUCUCCCUGCAUUGAAACGUGUGGCAAUGGACCAACUCAUAUUUGCUCCGAUUGGCCUUGUUUGUUUUUUCACAUUUAUGACUAUUGCGGAAGGAGGUGGCCGGCGUGCAGUUGCUCGUAAAUUUCAGGAUGUUUACAUACCAACUCUGAAAGCCAAUUUCAUGUUGUGGCCACUUGUCCAAAUCUUGAAUUUUCGAAUAAUGCCUAUUCAAUUCCAAAUACCAUUUGUUUCCUCUGUUGGCAUCGCAUGGACCGCAUAUUUAUCUCUCACAAAUUCUGCCGAGGAAGAGUAACUUGAGCAGACAGGGAAGGACCGAAAACUAUUGGGAACAGGAGCAGCCUCUCUUACCACUUUAUAUGGUAGUGUUGUUCUUAUGAUUGCUUGACUCCCUGUUCAACUACAAUCUAAAAUUUGAAAACAUCGCUAUACUUGAUGCUAAAGGUCGAUAACUUUUACAAUGACAGUGCUUCAUGUAUUCAUACAAAAAUGUGUAAUCAGCGUAAUAAGACACUUAAGACUACGGAAAUGGAACCGCUGGAAAGCUUCUUGA